AUGAUAUGGAAAUUGGUGAACAAGAAUUAGAAACUAAGAAGGAAGCCUCUCAUGAAUCUGGAGAGCUUAGAGAUUUGACGUCGACAAUACGUUUCGAUCCUAUUCCACCUCUUAUCCAUCCUGAUCCCAGUGAAUCUGAACCUAAUCCUUGUACCCUUCAGACUAUUAAAUCUGAAGCUUCAAAUCGUGAACUCUGCCACCAAGAGCUAAGUAGAACCGAACCCUGCAACCAAGAUCAUAGUAGAACUGAACUCUACAACCAAGAAAAUAAUAUAACUGAACCUUGCAACCAAGAUAUUAACAUAACUGAACCAUGCAACCAAGGUCAAAGUAAAACUGAACCCUGCAACCAAGAUCAUAGUAGAACUGAACUCUGCAACCAAGAACAUAGUAAAACUGAGCCUUGCAACCAAGAUAUCAACAGAACAGAACCCUGCAACCAAGAUCAAACUAGAACUAAACCCUGCAACCAAAAUAAAACUAAGCCAUUCAAAAUGGGAUGCUGCGGAUGUAAUUCAUGGAACUGCGGGCACGCUAGCUGCUGUUCAACAAGCUGCUACCAUUCUCAUCAUCAUGGACAUGCGCAUGCGCACAGUCAUUGCCAUAACAGCUGUUGUGGCAGCAGCUGUGGAUCUUGUAGCGGCAGCAGUUGCUGUGGAAGAUCGUGUAAGCAGUCCCAGCACGAUUAUUAUCAUAGUAUGGAGAGUUAUCACAGGUCUAUGUCGGAUUCCUACAGAAACAGAGCCGCCCACGUUAAAUCCCACAUGUGCUAGAACAAAAUCCAAGGAAUAAGAUUGUUUAAAUCAAAUAUUUGGAUAUAACAGGCAAAGAUUUUAUUGGAAAUUGUAGGGUUUCCCACGCUAGUGGAUUAUACUUUCCCACAAUUGCGAGCCCAUUAAUUUCGCGCAAUACUGAGCAAUUCCAAGCAUUGCCCCGGAAUUCCGCAAGACAGAAUUCAAAUUGGGAUCCCUACAAUUUUGUAAAAUGACUGUAAUAUUCGAAACGUUGAACUUCUGGAUUAAUUCAAGAUGACUUAUAAGUCCUUUGUUGGGAUUAGAUUAAUGAGAGAUCGGCGAAUCCUUAGAUUCGAUUUGUAUUCAGGAAAAUAAUUAUUUUCUGACAUCUUUACAAAUAUUAUGAAAUUAAACCAUCAAUUCAAAAGUUUUCGCUUUUCUAAGGAAUUAAGCUUUACUUUAUUCUAUGCAUUUUUUUAGUAAAACCAAUAAUCAAAACAACAAUAUAACUUAUGAUAACCAUAUGAUUUUUUUGAACACUUAAAAACCAGUCCAUUCAACAAAUUUAUUUAU